GCUUAGACGUAUACGGCGAUGUUUCGGCGGUAGUUUUAAAUGGAUAAACCUAUACGUACGUGCUACUACACAAUUUCCUGUGCGCAGUCUACAUAUAUGUAGAUAACAUUAAAGUUUUAAUAUGGAGGCCGUAACAGAAAGAGUUCGUGAUCAUGGAAUUUUUGCAAUACCAGUCGUACAGACUGCAGGAAAAAGCUUUACGAUGCUUAUUGUUUUUAAAUUAUGCCACAACUUUAUCUUUCUAAAAGUUUGUUGUAAUUUAUAUAUGAAUUAUAGACUUUCUAUUUCAAAGCCAGAUUUGGACGAGCUCAAUGUUAUAAAAAUAAUUCCGAAAACCUGCUAUUAAUAAAUGACAUAGCCUGUCUGUCAUAUAUGAUGCACAAAAAUUUUACUACUUUGCGUAAGUAUUUGCCAAAAUUCCCUGCUUGUAUCUGCUACGGUUGUCUGUGUCCUCGUAUAUGUGUUCUGUAGAUUAAAGUAUCGACUAUCGAAAUACGAUAAAUAUCAAAAUAGAAACAUGAAUGUUGUAGUACUCGUUCGAUUUUAUUUCGUAUUACCUUUUACCAAUCGAUGUUACCGGUUAUUUAACAUCGAUUUUUCUUUACGAUAUUAUUAAAGACUUGACAUUAGACUAAUAUGUAGUCUGUGUUCCGCCGAAAAAAAAAUCAUUUUCUGAUAUUUCCGAAUUUUACUUAAAAAUUCAAAAACAUUAAAUUCGUGAACUUUUUGUACGUAUCAUAAUUUAAACUAUGUAUAAAGAAUUAGAUUGAACUCUAAAAUAUGUAUUGAUCACUUAUAUUUUAUAGUUUGCAGCAAAGUAUGAAGUAAUAUUUGUGUAAUUUUAACCUAUCCUCUUACGUAAGUAAAAACAGAAUGGGGAAUACCGUAUCUGCAGAUGCUAAUGUUAACAUAAAAACAGCUACAAAUGACUCAAAUAUACCACCGGAGUGUCCUAUGCAUAAUAAGGGAAUAAAACAACCACAGGAAACUAAGAAAGCAUCGGAAUGUCCUGUCCAACAUGGAUCUGGCAGCGACAUUAAUCCAUAUAAUAUGAUGCCUCCAGCAAACCAACAACCUUCUCCAGACCAACCAUUUGCUCUACCAACACAACGGCAAGUGUCUACUAUUCCACGAGCAAUGCCCGAUGGAUCUACAGAGUUCUGGGUAUAUCCGAGUCAGCAAAUGUUCUGGAAUGCCAUGCUUCGCAAGGGAUGGCGUUGGAAGGAUGAAGAUAUAAAGCAAAAGGAUAUGGAUGAUAUAAUUAAAAUUCAUAAUGCCAAUAAUGAACAGGCAUGGCAGGAAGUUCUGAAAUGGGAAGCUCUUCAUGCUAAAGAAUGUGGACAUCCAAGAUUGAAGAGCUUCGGUGGGAAAGCAACACAAUACAGCCCUAGAGCUCGUUUGCGCUCUUGGCUAGGGUACGAACUUCCGUUUGAUCGCCACGAUUGGAUUGUAGACAGAUGUGGUAAAGAAGUACGGUAUAUUAUCGAUUAUUAUGAUGGUGGUGAACUUGAUAAACAGUAUCAAUUUGCAUUAUUGGAUGUAAGACCAGCCUUUGAUUCUUUCGAGAAUGUUUGGGAUAGAAUGAAAGUUGUGUAUAUGAGAUAUCGCUAUGAGCUGAUUGGAAACAAAGAAGACACCAAAUUAACUAAUUAAUAUUUGUAUUUAAAAAUGAUCAUUUUUGUUUUCUUAAUAUUUCUUGUAUCAAUUCAGAGUUAAUUGACACUUUAAAUAUAUUUUUGUGGAGUUCUUGUGUCGGCAAUGUUUGUCACUUCAUAAACUCUUUGUGAUUGUAUGUUUUCUAACCUAUUUAUUAGAUAUUCAUAAUAAGCUAACCACGCAAGUAUAUAAUUUUAAAAUCUCAUUAAAUUAUAGAGGUUUGUACCCACUUUGCUUCCGACUAGACUUCACUAAACUAUUAUUAUCAGUAGUACUUAAUACAAAAACAUAUAAUUAUAUCAUAGAAAAAAUGUAUAGAUAAUUUUAAUGUUGAAAAGAAAUUUCUUUUUGA